GUCACAGCCGAUCGAUGAAUGCCGGCUCACAUCGUAACGUCCAUAUUUGUUUCCCCUCUGUUUAACAACAGCUCAUAUGCAGCUCAUAUUCCUAAUGCACUUAGUGCAAUAUAAAUAAAUUGUUUAUAUAAACAUCAAGAUGUGCUUCGACGCAAUUUAGUCGCAACUUUAUACGUUAAUAGGUGUGAGCAGGUAUAGUCACGAAACAACGGUCGCCUACGUUAUCGAAUCUGCCUCUAGUGUAAAUCAAUAAAAUAACCAAAAUGCGUGGACGAUCGGGAAGACGAUCUCGUAGCCGAGAGCGACGCCGAUCUAGAAGUCGUGAUAGAAACUAUUCUAGCAAUGGAUAUAAUUCCAGCAGAAGGAACGCCGCUGGCGCGGGUCUGCGCAAACCGAGAUGGGAUCUGAGUCGCCUUGAACCAUUCAAGAAAGACUUUUAUAUACCACAUCUAAGAGUGAUGCAGCGUUCUGCAUAUGAAGUGGAUGAGUGGCGUAGAUCAAAAGAGAUUUCACUCAAAGGUAAACAAAUCCCCGAACCAGUUUUCUCCUUUGAAGAAGCUGGAUUUCCUGACUAUGUCAACAUAGAGGUCAGGAAUGCCGGUUUCAAAGCACCAACGCCCAUUCAAGCUCAAGGAUGGCCAAUUGCAUUAUCAGGAAGAGAUAUGGUUGGAAUUGCAUCAACAGGCUCUGGUAAAACAUUGUCUUACAUACUGCCUGCAAUUGUUCAUAUCAAUCAUCAGUCAAGAUUGAUGAGAGGUGAUGGGCCAAUAGUUCUAGUUCUUGCACCAACUAGGGAACUAGCACAACAGAUUCAGCAAGUGGCCACUGAUUUCGGUUCGACAUCACGGAUACGUAACACUUGUGUUUUCGGUGGUGCGCCGAAAGGUCCGCAAGUAACUGAUCUUGCUGACGGUGUUGAAAUCGUCAUUGCGACGCCGGGAAGACUCAUUGAUUUCCUGGAGUCGAAUCGCACCGACUUGAAGCGAUGCACGUAUCUGGUUCUAGAUGAGGCCGAUCGAAUGCUUGAUAUGGGAUUCGAGCCGCAGAUACGUAAGAUUAUUGAACAGAUCCGACCCGAUAGGCAGACACUCAUGUGGUCUGCGACUUGGCCGAAGGAGGUGCAGGCGUUAGCAUCGGAAUUCCUGAAGGACUAUAUUCAGAUUAAUGUCGGAUCGUUGUCGCUUUCGGCGAACCAUAAUAUUCUGCAGAUUAUUGAUGUGUGUCAGGAGUAUGAGAAGGAAACCAAGUUGAGUACUCUUUUGAAGGAAAUUAUGGCUGAAAAGGAGAACAAAACUAUCAUUUUUAUUGAGACGAAAAGGAGGGUGGAUGAUAUUACACGGAAAAUGAAACGGGAUGGUUGGCCUGCUGUGUGUAUUCAUGGAGAUAAGUCUCAACAAGAACGCGAUUGGGUCUUACAAGACUUCCGAUCUGGUAAAGCUCCUAUUCUGGUAGCUACCGACGUAGCUGCGCGGGGUUUAGAUGUUGAAGAUGUUAAGUUUGUAAUCAAUUUUGAUUAUCCAUCAAAUUCGGAAGAUUACGUGCAUCGAAUCGGUCGCACCGGGCGUUCGUCGCGCACAGGCACCGCAUAUACUUUCUUCACACCCAACAAUGCGAAUAAGGCAAGCGAUUUGUUGGCGGUUCUCAAAGAAGCUAAGCAAGUGAUCAAUCCAAAACUGCAAGAAAUGGCUGAUCGGAAUUGGGGAAAUGGAAAUUCAUCCGGUCGAGGACGAAAUCGAUGGACACGAGGCCGAGCUCAAACUCAACGCUCUCCAACACGUUCACGAUCUCGAUCACCAAAACGUCCAACACGAUAUGAUCGUUCGCGAUCACGGUCUCGCAACCGAACUAGUCGCCGGCGCAGAUCUCCAUCUGAUAGCCGAGAUCGCAGCCCUCCAUCACCGGUGCGCUCCACCAAGUCCAACAGUAACUAUCGCACGGCUGUCUCGUUAUCCAACAGUUCAGCGCCCAGCGUGAAUAAAGAUUCGCGCGCGUUACUGCAUCAUCAGGGCGCACCAGCAACCAUGCAGCAUCAGUUGUCUGCGCCGCUGCCACAGCCAUCGCAGCCGGCGCCUCCUCUGCCGCAAGCGGCGUCGCAACCACAGCAAGCUAUGAUGUAUCAUCAAAGUAUCCCGCCUCCGUACAGCGGCUAUGCAAUGACCAACGGCAUUUAUUACUCCCAUCCACCGCCAGCAGCGCAACCUGCGGGAUACUAUGCGCAACCCACCGGCUAUACGUAUGCUCAACCGCCUCCACAGCCGCGUUGAACAUUUAAGAAGUUUAACCAAAAAAACGUCAAUAUCGUACUGAACGACGAACAAAAUUGUCGAAACCUUAUUAACUUGUUUAAGUGUAAAGUUGUUUUAAAUGGGAGAGACUGCAAUAAUUAUAAAAAUCAGAAUUGGAAAUUUUGUUCCAAAUAAGUGUUUGUAUAUUUUAACGUGCCACAAUUGCUAAAAUGUUAAUACGGCGAUUUUAAUUAUUAGUUUCCUCUAUUCUUACAUAUUUGGUUUAAUAGCUUCGGCAAUAUUUUUUGGGUGACGUUGUGUUAUUUUGAUGCAAAUUUUAAUAUAUUGACGAUAUAAGAGUGUUCGGGUACAUAGAGUGCAACAAUUUGCUUAUCUAGGAACACUAGUUUAUGUCAAACACUCCCGCAUUGUAUUGAUCUGAAGUCAUAUUAAUUUAUAGUAUCUCUGUUUACUUAUUGGGAAUUGCUGUUGCCUCUAGUACAAAUAUGCGAGUAUGUGCGUUUUUAUUUAUUGAAAUUUUCAAGUACAUAUGCUAUUGAAUUGCAAUGAAAAUGAAAAACAUUACUUUUAGGUCAAUUUGUAGGCCAUUAGUUGACGCAUUAGUAAAUGUAAUUUUAUUUGUUGAAUAAACAAAUGAUAAUUCUAA